CGGUCCUCCUGUCAGUCCUCGUGGUGUAAAUAGUGAAGUGUGGAGGCUUGAACCGGGCUGCCAUGGACCUAAUGGAGGUGCUCCUCGUGUAUCUCGGCGCUGCGGUCGCUGUCUACUAUGGAGUGAAACUGCUGCUCUUCAGCAGGAUGCUGUUCCCCAAGCUGUGGUUUCCACUGCCAGAGACCUUCUUCACCUCUAUGGGCGAGUGGGCAGUGGUCACCGGCGGAUCGGAGGGCAUCGGACGCGCCUACGCGUUCGCCCUGGCCGAGCGAGGGAUGAACGUGGUGAUCAUGAGUCGCACCAAGGAGAACCUGGAGCGCGUGGCCGCGGAGAUAGCUGACGCCACGGGGCGGCGCGUGAAGGUGGUGGUGACGGACUUCGUCCAGGACGACGUCUUCGCCGAGGUGGAGGAGCAGCUGAAGGGCCUCGACGUCGGGGUUUUAGUCAACAACGUGGGCAUUCUGCCCAGCGCGGUCCCGGGCAAGUUUCUGGAUUCUCCAGAUCUGGAGCAGACGAUUACAAGGGUGGUGAACUGCAACAUGAAAACUAUGGCCAAGAUGUGCAAAAUAAUCCUCCCUGGCAUGAAAAGCAGAGGCAGAGGGGUGAUUUUGAACAUGUCGUCCGGGGUUUGGUGCAUCCAGUUGCCCCUGUACACCCUGUACGCUGCCUCCAAGCUGUUUGUAGAAAGGUUUUCUCAGGGCCUUCAAGCUGAGUACAAGGAUGUAGGAAUUAUAAUACAGGCGGUGGCUCCGUUUGGGAUUUCAACGCGCAUGGCGGCGUACCAGAAGGCAAACAUGGUGACUCUGACGCCGGAGGACUUCGUGAGGCGCUCGCUGCUCUACCUCAGGGCUGGAGACAAAACGCGGGGCAGCGUCUGCCACACGGUUCUGGGCUGGUUGCUGCAGUGCGUUCCCCUCCAGCUGCUCUACACGGAGCCCGUGCUGCACGGCAUACAGAACUUUGUCAAGAGGAGGACAGAAGAAAUAGCAGCGAUGCCACCUUUAGAAAGUGAAGCAGGGAAGAUCCAGACGAGAAAACGUACAUCCGGAUGUGAAAAAGCCACUGAUGCUGCUGACACUUGCAGAGAUGGAGAAACCGUUGCGUGAUUGCGCCACCAGAUGACCCGGCCGUGGCCUCAGUCAGGGGCGGAGGA